AUGAUUCUCACUUCAGCGAGGCGGGUGACAGGUCAGGUCGGGACUUUGACCGACAGUUACUAUUAUUGCCGCCUUAUCUCCGGCCUUAUUCGGAAGAUCCUGGAACCUCCCCCGGAUAAUCGGUCUACAAAGCUAACGAUCGUGACCCCAGCAGGCUUCGUUCUCCCGCGAGUACGCCAUUACAGUUCUGAAGCAUUGUCAUCCAGUGACCGAUCGACGGUGAAGAAGCGACCACUAUUCCACGACUACUUCGUCACACAUCUGCCGUCGUCCUCUCUCCAUCCGGAUCCCCGGGGACCGACCUCGCCCUUUCAUAAACUACCCCGCGACGCCUCAAUACCUCACACGGGAAAUACUGCAAACUCGCCGGCCGCUUUUCAGACAUUAGUAGACCGAGAGACGACCGUGGUGCGAAUUCCAUUGCGCAGCGCAAAACACCACUUUGGUGCAGCCACCGCUCGUGGCACACGCCCUGCCAAUGAAGAUGCAUACCAAGCCGGAGUUAUUGAUAUCCCUUCCUUUGCUAAGCGGCCCCCGGCGUCGCUAACAAUCAGGCGCUCUCGCUCCCCAGACUCGGCCUCGUCGCGCGAGUCGCGCGCCGCCGAGACCGCCAGGGGCGACCCGCAAGUCUUUUACUUUGCUGUCUUCGACGGACAUGGUGGAUCUGAAUGUAGUACAUUUCUGAAAGAAACUUUGCACGAGUACAUUCAGAAUGCGUCGGUCGAGUUUGAGCUCCUGUCCAGUCUACAAACCAAGCGGCACCAGACCACCAUUGGGCCCGAAAUGCCGACUGCCAUAGAUGCGCUUCCUGUCCUACAACAGGGAAAUCGACGCAGGAUUGGAGAUCUGGAGAAAGGCUUGGUCCAAAACUGGAGACGGCUGCCACCUCAUUUCUCCUAUUAUAUGGAUGACGCCUCCGAGGCUGCCGACGCUGCCGACGCCAUUAUCUCGAAUGGUUCUGUCUCGAUUGAGGAAAUAAUGGAGUACGCAUUUUUGCGCGCUGAUCUGGACUUUGUGAAGGCCCAAGCGGCCAAACGGGACGACGAUCUGGUUCAAGCCGAGAAACCCUUGAACGAAGACGAGAUCCUUCACAGCCCCAGCCAGACCCGACCCAAGAUCGGUGGACGGUCUCGAUUCAAAGGUGGAAGUACUGGCAGCGUUGCCAUGAUUUCAACACCCACUCCGACGCCUUUCUGGCACCCUGCCGGUCCCUCGAGCCUGCUGGUCUCGCACGUGGGCGAUACCCGGAUCCUCCUGUGCUCAACUACCACCGGUGAAGCCAUCCCUCUCACCUCCAACCAUCACCCCUCUUCACCCGUGGAGGCGAGCCGGCUGCGUCGAUAUGCCGCCACGUUCGUAACGGACUCCUUUGGCGAGGAGCGCAUGAGCGGACUAGCCAACACUCGCGCCUUCGGCGACGUUCAGUCCAAGCGCAUCGGCGUUUCAGCCGAACCAGAACUCCGCCGUGUCGAGAUGGGUCCAGCCGAGUACUCGUUCCUAGUUAUGCUAUCUGACGGCAUCAGCGGCACACUUUUGGAUCAGGAGAUCGUUGAUAUCGUCAAGGAGGCCCGCACCCCCGACCAGGGCGCUCGCGAUGUCGUCAGUUUCGCGACUGAGGUCACCAAGGAGGGCGACAAUGCUACCUGUCUGGUCAUUCGGCUUGGCGGGUGGGAGCGUCGGCUCGAGGGGGGCGUGGGCAGUCUGGGAACGAAAGAGUCUCGCGAGUGGCGGCGACAGGAUGCCACCGAUCCGCGCAGGUCACGGAGGUGA